CGACAUUGCGCCGUUAGCCCACUGAGCUAAAAGGGUCGCGGAGCUCCAGCGCAGUGGGAACUUGUUUAGCGCUGCGCCUGUUUUCGGUUCUACAUGCGCGCCGCUGUUAAAAGGACCGCACGGCCUGCGAUGCUGAGAACACAUACAUGAGGACAGCCUUAAUCCAGGUACGCCACGCCCGCUGAACGCCUAGCAGCCGUUGCCUCUGAGACGUUGCCCCCCUGGCCCCGCCCUCCAGAGAUGGCUGAUGCCCAGAAGGCCGAUGAGCUCCCGGAAUGCCCCACAGAGGGCGGGGCCACAGCAGAGGAGCAGGACAUGCCCCUGAGAGCCGAAACCUCGCCCACCAGCUCUCCCACGUGCGAAGAGCCCAUCAGCAGCCAUAGUCCUGCAAGGCCGCCGCCCCCUGGCCUGCUCUCUAUGCCCUGCCUGCUGAAGGAACUGCGCAGAGACUCCUCCCCGGAGCAACCACUGGAGACGAUCCCUACUUCUUCCACUAACAGCAAUGCCACCAAUCCGCUCUGCCCGCAGGAGGACAGCGAUUCGUCCGUCUGCCUGCGCUCGCCCUCCUCCUCCGGUCACCUAGGUGAUUCCGACACGCUCUCGUCCGCCGAGGAGGCAGCCGAACCGGCCUCUGCGCCGGCCACCGCGGGGAGCAGGAAGCCGUCGAGGCGCUCGCGCUCUGAGAGCGACGCUCCUGGCAUCGUCAUGGCGGCUAAGAAGAACCGCUGCCAGGAGAAGCAGGUGAAUGGGCGUGGUCGGGGGCGGGGCCAGCGCAGCCAGCGGCAGAAAGAGCGGAUGCGCAUGCUGCGGCAAAAACGAGAGGCGGCGGCCCGACGCAAGCCCGACCUGCUCCAGGACAGCAGCACCAGCGACAGUGACCUCACCGCACACUCAUCGUCAUCUUCGUCCUCGUCAGCCUCUUCCGACAAUGAGGGAGGGGCCAUCAACUCCCACCCGCCAGCUGGUCGCCGUGGAAACGACGCCAUCUCCGGACUGCUGGAGGGGGGCGUGGCCGGCAGCAGCCUGGGCGGAGUCCUGGAGGAAGCUCUGACGCGAUUGGCCGCCAUGCAGAGGCAGACGGAGGAGCGUUUCCGUGUGUGGAUGGAGAGGCUGAGCCGGCUGCACUCCGACGACGACGAAAACGAGCCGCAGUCCGGCGCCGAGCCGGGAGGGCGGAGCCACGCCAGCUCCUUCCUGCCGUCCUCUGAAUCUCAGGAGACACUGGCAGCCUAUCAGAUCGCUCGGCUGAACAACGCCCCGCCCCUCACACCCCAGAGCUCCACCCUCAACGGCAUCCUGGACUCCCCCGACCCAAACCUGCUGAACGCCUGAAGAGGGGCGCCGCUGCGGAAGAGGAACGGAGAACUUGAGAGCAAUCGGAUCAGCACCGAAAGCCAUGCUAAAGACAAUACUCCGCCUUCUUUCUCUCUCUCUUGUUCUCUCUAUCCUCCUCUCUCUGUCUCUCUCUCCCGCUCCGACCUCCUCCAUAUCUCUUUUCUCCUCCUCAUCCCUCCAUCCUCACUAUUACUCUCUAUCUGCUCUAUUUCUCUUUGUCCAUCUCUCCGUCCUCCCUCAGUCUCACUGUCUCUCUACCUGCCGUCUCUCUUUCACUCUUCUUCUUUCUGUCUCUCUUUCAUUCUUUUCUCCCCAUCCUUCCUGCUCUCUAAAUCCCUGAUUUUCCUUUUAUUGCCCCCUUUUUUGUAGCUCUCGCUCACUCGCUCUCCUUAUCCCUCAGUUCUCACUUUCUUUGUCUCUCUAACUUCCUCAAACUCUCACUCUCCCCACCUCUCUUCUUAUCUCUCCAUCCUCACUCUUUCUCUCACUCUCUUUCUGUCCUUCCUCUCUCUGUCUCUCUAAUCUCCUCCCUCUCUCUCUCUCUCUCUCUGUCUCUCUGUUGCUCUCACUCGUCCCUCCCUCCCUCCCUCCCUCCCUCACACGUGCCCCUCUACACCUCCUCUCAGGAGUGCUCCUCAGUGUGUGUGCCUUGAGGAACUCUUUGGAUUCUCUUCAUACCAGCUCUGGUGUCUGAUUGGACAGAUCGGACUCCACCAGCUCCACAGACGCUCUGACCGGCGUCUCGAGAUGCCCUGGUAGAGCCAGGCUGCUGCUCUCAGCCCUGCGCUUUAUGCUGGAUGGACAUGGACUUUCUUUUAAAGUGUCUGAAAGAUUGACCAAAGAACUGUUUGUUGUGGUUUGGUUAGUUUGGUUUAGUUUGGUUUAAGGUUUUAUUUUGUUUUUUUUAGGUUAUAUUACAGCACAUGCAUGUAAUGAGCUGAAAUAUACGAAGCAGUAGUGCAUGAAUAGCAACACUGUGGUGUUAGUACUAACAUAACUUACCUACUGUUAACUUAAACACGUUUCAGCUAGCGUCAAACUGAAGACACACACACACACACACACACACACACACACACACACACACACAGAGUAAAGCAAGAGACCCCACCUGCUUGGUUAUUGUUACCUUGGUCGGGUUUUCAGGUCAGGCUACCCUGAUGAACAGUUGAAAUGUUUAUCGUUUAAUAAAUCGACAAAUAUAAAUGAUGGCCAAUUUAAGGUGAACCGGAAGUGGGUUCUGGAUACGAUGUUUACAUUUAAUCAAACCAGAAGAAACGAUUUAGUUACUCAACGUUGUAACGGGUUGUUUUAGUCUGUGUUGCCGGUUCAGAUGAGCUGCCACUGCGUCUGGUUGGGUUCCAGAGCGGCUCUGCUGUAAUGAGGGAAGCUCUGGAACCAGCAUAGAGCCAGUGUAACGUUCUGAAGUGGCGAUUAGUUCACAGAUCACUUUUUUUUUUGCGCAGCUUCUAAAGCAGUGGUUUUCUAACGGGAUCUCAGACGGCCCAGAUUUUUGCUCUAGUCAUAAAUGUGGGCCAGUACCAAGAACCACCGGUUUAAGGAGCGAGAGGUGGAAGUUUUUAAGUUACGUCUCUUAGUAUUUUAGUGGUCAAUAUGUGAUUAUUUUAAGGAAUUAUAAGGAAUCGGUUAAAAUAAAGCAUGUGAGCUGAAAGUGCAACACAAAGUUGGUCUAAACUGCAGUGGAGCUUUUAUAUAGACGACUUUUCUCCUGCGUCUCUAAAUCAAAUUGGAGACGCAUCGAGAAGCGUUUUAUAACUGCGUCUUUGCCUCCUGAGUUAAAAUCAAAUCCCACUCCCUUUAUACACACACACACACACACACACACACACACACACACACACACACACACACUCACUCUCACACUCUUAACGGCAGGGCUAAACGACGAAGGUUUACAGUUGACCGUUGUCCUCUAAUGGAACGAGCGUCUUUAACGAGUGUGUUAAAACUGAACGAGUGAAUGGACCGUAGGAUGAAAACUCAUUUUUAUUAUUACUUUGAUUUUCUUAGCAUUAGCAUCCCGUUUAUGCCAUGUUUGAGUGCCUGAUCAAAAUUAAAACGGACGAUGUCAUCUGCGCUCCUGUCCGUGUGUGUUUGUUAUGGAGAAACUGGCUGUCGCCGUUCGGCCUUUACAUCAGCGAUGGACAAAUGUGUUCUGCGUUGUCCAGCUUUGUCCACAAUGUGUGUCCAGCCUCAUUUAGACCAGGGGUGUCAAAUCGAACCACGACGAGGGCCGUAAAAAGUAAAUAAACCUAUACGACUCUGUGGGCCAGAGAACGUCUGCUCUGACCUUAGCUGGACCCUUUCAAUUCUGAAUGCUUGAAAUAUUCAAGAAAAAGUCAAAUAAUAAAUGCGUAAAUAGAGUAGACAGUAGAAUGCGCAUCAGUCCACAUUACGCAUAUUAUGCUGCUGUGCAUGCUGGGGCUUGUAGUGCAGAACGUUGUCAAUAAUCUGAUAUUGAUCAAUUUAAAAUAAUUUUGCGGGCCAGAUAAGAUGACGCUGCUUGCGUGAUCUGGCCCCGGGCCUUGUGUUUGAACACACGGGCUUUAGAUUGACCCACACUCCGACUUUUCUGAUAUCCUAAUUAAUGGAAAAGGAAUCGGAUUUGCAAUCUGAAUAGGCCGAAAUUGGAGCAGUCCUAAUGUGCGCUCCGCUGUUUCAGCUGAACUCUGCUGUGAUUUUAUGUUGAGUGGUAAGAGGCAAGUCAUUUGCAUUUGAGUGCUGCUCUCUUAUCUGUAAUAUCGUACUGUAGCACUUUAUUAAAUUCCUAUUGCGUUAUGUGGAUAAGUGAACGGCAGAUUGGUCCAUUAUAGAUUAAAUGAGGGUGUUUAUGAUUUUUUGGGCUAGUAGAAAGUAAUGGAAACAUGUGAGGGUGUUUCUUCUGUUCAUGUAGCCUAUAGGCAUUCACAAAACAAUGUCAACUUCAGGUAUAUUUAAAAAAAAAAGGCUGAAAAAUCAACCAGAAUUGGAUUGAAUUGUCCAAAUUCACCCAUACAUGUAGUGUGUUCAGUUAUAUUUA